UUUAAUUGGUUUUUGUUUAAUCGUAUGUUAAAAAUGUAAUUGUUUAAUUGUUAUGCUAAAAAAGGUUUCAGAUCUCCUACAUUUUAGUAACAGGGUUAAAAUUCAACCAAAUAGGAAACAAAACAGCACCUCUUUUUACUGGUCUUUUAUUUUAUUUCUUUUUAUUUAUUAUUAUUAUUAUUAUUAUUAUUUUGCUUGUUGAAUAAAAAUGCUUUGGAUAAAAAUAGUAUAUACAUAGUAAUAAUAACAGAAAUAAUGUGCUAAAUGAAAAUUAGUUUUCAGGCCCUGUUUUGUGCCCUACGUGGAACGUGUUACUUGAUAGUUGUUUUGGUUUCUAUUUAUUAAUUUUUUUCAAUUAUAGUUAUAAAACUUUUUGAAAUCAUUUUUGUUCUUGCAUUUUAUAUUUUUCAGGCUGCAUUAAAAUGAAGCUGACUCGGUGACCAAUAUUUCUCUCUCUCCCAUAUUCCUACAGUUUUGAUGAUCUAAUAAUACAUAUGAAACUAUUGCUGAAAAUGCUCAGAUGCUGUAACUGAAUUGUUCUCUUUAAAACCUGUGUUUGCUUUGUGUUUCAUAAGCCGUAACAGUGAAGUUGUCGUCCCUUGCCUUAUCUUGAUUGGCUGGGAAGGGCCAGAAGUGAAGCAGGACUGAGUGAAGCAGCGCAGACGCUCUCAUUUGGAGAUUAGGCAACAGAAGGACUGGAGUCUGUGAACUCUGAGGCUCCCGUUCUCAUCCAGACCAGAACAGCCGCAUCGGAUGAUCAACAGGAAAUCCAGCGUGAGGACAGGAAACGCUAUGAGUGAGAGGAGCUGCAGUGGCCUGAGGGACACGGCGUGACGUGCUGGAGCUCUGUUCAUGGACAGGUGAAUAUUGAGCCGUGCUCAUGCUGCUCGCGGGGAGAAGAGCGGCGCUCGGAGUUCAGCUCUGCAUUCUUAUUGUGCUUCUCUGCAGCGGUCAGGUCAUGGGCUCCAUACUGGAUGAUCUGAUCUAUAAACGUGGUGAAUAUCAAGAGAACUGCACACGAUCCCUGAAAGCCACUUUCCCUACUGAAACUGGAAUUUUCUGCAAUGGAACAUUUGAUGGUUUUGCCUGUUGGCCACAUUCAUCUCCUGGGAUCGUAUCUGUACUCUGCCCUCAUUAUUUACCGUGGAUCAAAGAAGGUGAUACUGGAAACUUGUACAGGGAAUGCACGGUCAACGGGACCUGGAAAACUGAGGAGAAUUCCAGUAUUGUAUGGAGAAAUCAGUCAGAGUGUGAAAACCAUAAUUUUUUCAAGUCCGAGGAAGAAGAACUGUUUCGGCAGUCUGUGCUGAGAGUCUUGUCCGUUGUAGGAUACUCGCUGUCAUUAGCCUCUCUUUGCUUGGCUGUAAUGAUCAUGAGUCUUCUGAGGAAGCUUCACUGUACGAGGAACUACAUCCACAUGAAUCUCUUUGUAUCAUUCAUAUUUAGAGCAAUAGCAGUAAUUAUCAAGGAGGUUAUAUUACAAGUUAGGUAUAGCAACCUGCCCAGGGAUGAGAUCAGUUGGAACAGCUACACAAAAUCUACGAUUUCAUUCGUCUGCAAGGCCUCAAAGGUGUCGCUGCAAUAUUUUGUUGGGUGCAAUUUCUUCUGGCUGUUAGUGGAAGCGAUAUUCCUGCACACGCUGCUGUUUACUGCAGUUCUGACCAGGAAAAGACUUAUUAAGAAAUAUAUGAUUAUAGGAUGGGGAACCCCAUUACUGUUUGUGAUUCCCUGGACUGUUGCCAGAACGUUGUAUGAAAAUAAAAGCUGUUGGUUAAAUAACAUCAGAUGGAUCUGGUGGAUAAUUAGAGGCCCAAUAACAUUAUCAGUGAUUGUCAUUUUUUGCAUUUUUCUUAAAAUCAUCAGACUUUUGCUCUCCAAAUUAAAAGCUGACCAGGUGAAGUUCACUGACUACAGAGACAGUCUAGCCAGAGCAACACUUGUGUUGAUUCCUCUGCUCGGGGUCCAUGAGAUCGUCUUUACCUUUAUUAUAGACGAAUCAGUUGAGGGAAGCAGCCGCUACGCUCGAGACUUCAUCCAUCUGACCCUGAGCUCUUUCCAGGGUCUUUUAGUUGCAGUGCUGUACUGCUUUGCAAACGGAGAGGUCCAGGCUGAGCUGAAGAAGAGGUGGCAGCUGUUCAUUUCCUCCAAUCACUUGGAGGUGCACAACUGCUUUGCAGACAUUCACCCCAAACACCUGUGGAAGUGCUCACAAAAGAGACCCGGACAAACCACAGAACAGAGCGAAUCCAAUGAGGAGGGAAGUCACGCCCCCACACAGGGACAUCCGCUGCAGGUGGCCGUCCAAUCAGCAGAGGACGUGCUGUGUGGGCGGAGCUCCGGCCUGGAGUUUUACAUGAGGAAGAGCCUCUCCAGCAGCGACGGGGAAAUGACUUUAGGAGAGACGAUGGAAGAGAUCAUAGAGGAGAGUGAGUCUUAAAAGCGAAGGCCCACUCCAGCUUCUCGACGGUCUUCCCUGAGGAUGUCAGAUGCAGAGCCACGAUGUA